GGCCGCGACUGUCGUCUGUGUCAUUUGUGCUGAGUGUGACACGAAUAUUUUUCGGUUUAGUUUUUAACGCGCUACAGAUUGUUACAGGUCUGUAACACGCGUACCUACCUAUAUAUAGUUUUUCUAUUGUUUCGUGUCAAUUCGUUCUCAAUUUAUUCGUAACGCGACUCGAUCGGUUCUGGCGGUUCUGCUACACGCAAGAAAAUAAUAAUAUAUUAUGUUUUAGAGCACCGUGUCGCGACGAAACAACGCGCUAUAACGUUUGUUAUUCCGUUAAUCGCCACAAAGUAUAAUUAUAGUUGACGGAUUUUACGCGGACCCGGGUUUAAAUGUUUACAUUUUGAAGUGCCCAUUAUACAAUACAGUUUAUGGUAAGAUCGAGGAGCAUGAAGUGGUUUCAGAAAAACACCGAAGAUGCCGCACCACGGUUGCUUAGUCUCUCGCCAAUUCGAAACUACGAUUCGGGAGAUCCCGAUUACUCGGCAGAGAGAUAUUACCACUUACCAUCAGGUCCUAGGAGGUCUAGAUUAGACGCCUCUCCAUUACGACUAGAGAGGUCCGAGUAUAAUCGAGACAUAAAUUGCUAUAAUGUCCGAAACCGAACAAUUGUGAUGCAUAGUGCACGUAACAAACAAACCAAAGAAAAACGAAAUCCCCUGUUGGACCAAGUUAAACAUACAGGUCUUACACAUUUCAAACCAAACACAACAAUUAAAAACUAUCACGAGGACAAGAUCUGUACAAAUGACGUUCAUCGUGAUGGUAUUGAUGGUGCAGAUGACGAAGAUGGUGGCGAUGAAGACAUUUCAACAAUAUCUGGUAGAUUGAAGGCUAUUUCAGACAGAUAUUUAAAAUCGUCUACUCAUAGAUUUUUAGCUAAAUUUUAUAAGAAUUCUCCUAUCAAAACCGAUAAAUCAACUGAAACAGAAGAACCAAAUUUAGACGAAAACAAAAUAAAUAAGGUUAAAUUAAGAAGUUUUUCUUAUGGUACGUUACCCGGCUUGGACGAAUUUCGGAAGAGAAUAGCCGAAACAACGACAGAAAAAACAAACUGUACACCGGAAGAUGACGAUAGCGGCAUAUUAUUGAAUGAUCCUCCAAUCGAUUCAGUCAAUGGAAUCACAGAAAAUAGUACACAAGAUUACUGUUUUAGGAGCGCUUCUCAGUAUGGCAUAAAACGACAUUAUGCACUUAGUUUACCUCCUAAUAACAAUAAUCAAUCAUCAAACAUAUUGCCACCGAGGGUCAGUAGAAAUAAGGAAUAUAGAGUGGUCCAAUUAAAUAGGGAUUAUCCAGAACAGGUUCUAGGUGUUCGAAUUAAAGAAAUACGGUCGGAGAACAGUUUUGGCUAUGUGGUCGUCAAUAUUGUAUCGGGAGGAGUGGCUGAUCGGACCAGUGAUCUGGAAGUAGGCGACCAAAUAGUAAACGUCAACGGUCGUCGUCUGGCUGGACUGGAUGCAACCGAUGCUAACCGUUUGCUCAACGACGGGUGUAGCUCGGUACACCUUCUGGUUACUAGAAGUGACCCAGACUAUCGAUCUGUAAAUGCAGCCGAUCGACCGUUGGCGGCGAGGAUGCCCGAGACGUCUGUGGACUACGACCAUAGUGGAAGUUCCCAAGCGCCACCCAUCCAAAAAUACAACAAGAACGGACAAACGUUGGUGUACAUAACUCCACCAUCACAUUCGCGAUUAGCCGCAAAGAGCAAUACCAAUGUUUCCACUGUGUAUCUUAAGGGCGGUGGCAGUGAUGGUUUAAGUGGUAACGGUUACGGUGAUUGUGGUGCGGACGGUGGUAGUGGCGCCCAAGAGGAUUAUACUGGCACAGAUUGCACGACAUUUUGCACAUUGCCACGGCGGCCGAAGUCGACGGUCUGUACAUUCCACACUUUCGUGCUUGAAAAGGGUCCGGGUAAAAAAGGUUUGGGAUUCACGAUCGUCGGAGGAAAAGAUUCGCCGAAAGGAGCCAUGGGAAUAUUUAUCAAAAGUAUUUUAGACAACGGUCAGGCUGCGGAAGACGGUAGAUUAAAACCUGGAGACGAAAUACUGGCAGUUAAUGGAAAUGUUUGUCACGACUUGACUCAUUCAGAAGCAAUAACACUGUUCAAAUCGUUUAAAAGCGGUUCUAUUGCUCUACAUAUUUGUCGUAGAUCUAAAACGUCAAAUAGAACUACUAAAACCAAGUCAUGUUCGAAUCUAUUGAAUGAUGACAAUGCAAGAUCGGAUUAAGAGCAGUGAUGUUUUUUUUUUUAUUUUUUUUUUUAUGGUUCCAAUCGUUACAGUCUAGUCUUUGGCGUCAAUUAGAAAUUAUGUUAUUUUUUUUGGUUAACCCACGACCACACAAAAUAUGUAAAAUUUUGAUUUACAUUACGCCAUAAUGAUAUUUAAAUACCAUGUCUUACAUCUCAUCAUAUAAUUGAGUAGCCAUAAUUUUUGUGUAUCUCUUUAUAACCUUUAAAAUACUUAAGAAAAUCGAUAUUAAUUAAUGUACAACGUAAUUAAUUCGGUUAUUUAGUUCCUAUAAUUAUUCAAAAAUUUACGAAUAUCUAGAAAAUGUCUAAAAAAACUAUUACAGUAAUUCAUUGUUUUUCAAGAUAAAACAUACCUACCU